AUGAUAGAAGCACCUGUUCUUGCUCUUCCAAACUUCAAGAAGAUUUUUGAAGUCAACUAUGAUGCAUUUGGCGUUGGCAUUGGUGGUGUCCUAAGCCAAGAAGGGUGUUUGAUCGCCUUUUUUAGUGAAAAGCUAUCGGGGUCCAUGAAGAACUAUUACUCCUAUGACUUGGAGUAUUAUGCCAUUGUACAAUCUUUGAAGCAUUUGCGUCAUUACCUGGUGCAGAAGGAGUUCAUUCUUAUCAUUGAUCAUGAGGCCCUCAAGUAUAUCAAUGGCCAACAAAAGCUCGUUCAAGACAUGCUAAAUGGGUUGCUUACCUUUAGGAGUUCACUUUUUCGAGUCGUUGAUGCUCUGAGUAGGAGGGUUGCACUUUUUACUACUAUGCAUACCAAAGUUGUGGGUUUUGACACUUUCCCAGAGUUGUAUAUGGAACAUCCUUCAUUCAUGAGGAUAUUUGCUAAGGAGUCUGUAGGUAAGCGUAGUGAUUAUGUUAUUCUAAAUGGUUCUCUAUUUCAGGGCUUACAACUACGCAUUCCAGAUAGUUUAUUGAAGGAGCAGAUAAUAUGA